AUGUAUGCUGUUGAGGAUAGGACCCAUUCAGGACACCUCCCACCACCGCCACUUUCUAUGGAUCGAGCCCCUCCGUCCACCAUGUAUCCAGGCUCUACAGGCGCCAGCACUAUGGUUUCUCCGGGUAAUCAGGCAGAGCCCGUCUCGACAAUACACGAUGGUCGCAUCUGGUCUUUGCAGGUUGUGCAACAGCCCAUUCGUGCUCGGAUGUGCGGCUUUGGUGAUAAAGACCGGAGACCAAUCACACCCCCGCCGUGUAUCCGCCUCGUGGUAAGAGAUGCGCAAACCGAGAAGGAAAUCGAUAUCAACGAAAUGGACACCACAUUCUACGUAAUUAUGGCAGAUUUAUGGAGCCAAGACGGGACACAUGAAGUCAACCUCGUGAAGCACUCGGCUACGUCUCCUUCGAUAUCUACGGCGAUGUCUUCGUCAUACCCGCCACCGCCGCACUCCACGUCUCCAGACUACCCGUCAUCUUACCCGCAAAACCCCUACGGCCAAGUUGGAUACCCAGCGGUGGGUAAUUACUAUGCCGGAAAUACCCAACUUCAAUAUCAAAACCCUUAUGGCAACCCUCAGGCACAGUACUACCCCCCAGUGUAUGGAGCAGGGGGUAUGGGACAACCACCGCAGAUGCCAGCCGCUCAACCCGUUGCCUCAGGACCUGGAGGCAUGUUCACGCGAAACCUGAUCGGUUGUUUGAGCGCCAGCGCUUUCCGCCUAUGCGAUCCAGAGAAUAAGAUUGGCGUGUGGUUUAUCUUGCAAGACCUCAGUGUGCGAACUGAAGGAUGCUUCCGAUUGAAAUUCAGCUUCGCCAAUGUGGGCAGGGCGGUUACCGAUCUCAAUGAGUCGCAAGUCAUGGAGGUGAUUAACAAGGGUUCUGCACCAGUCCUUGCCACUGCAUUCUCAGAACCUUUCCAAGUGUUCUCUGCAAAGAAAUUCCCUGGUGUCAUUGAGAGCACAGCUCUCAGCAAAUGCUUUGCCCUGCAAGGAAUCAAGAUUCCCAUCCGCAAAGAUGGUGUAAGAGGUCAAGGCUCUCGUGGACGCCACAGCGACGAGGACGACGGUCUGGAUAACGAAUACUGA